CAAUGACGUGCCAUCUUUCAAAAACCUAUGGCUUGAAAAUUUUGGUAAAUUCAAAACAAACGUGAAAAUUGUUUUAUCUAAACUUGAAAUGCGACGUAUUAACAAUGAAAAUGAUUGCAAUAUUCGACGGAAAGAUACACAAAGAUACAAAGCUUCAAUUGAAAGAGAAUGUGAGAGAACUGUUACUAAAUGAGUUAGCUUAGCAGAUAUGAUUUGACAACUCAGUUCACGAUGACACCCACACAAUCAUAUUUUUCAUCAUUUACUUCAAAAGGCUUGAGCCAUUCAGAACAACUAGCAGGGCUAUCAAUGCAAGAUUACGUCUCAUAUGGAGUAACUAACAUGGACGACAGGCUUAGAUUGUUCAAAAUAAUUAAGAUCAUCAAAUCUGUGAAACAAUCAGGAAAAAAAUGUAACCAUAGCAACAGUAGUCCACAUAAAGGAAAUGAGAAUAAAAAUCAGAUUAAUCGUAACCAUAGUUACCAUAACAAUGAAGAUUCUAAUGGUAAAAUUUCUAGAAAAACAUCUUAUUUUCCCCAAUCUGUACUUGCUGUGAAUGGCUACAUCAAACCAUUAGAUACUCAAGAUAUCCAGCAUGAGAAUACUCAGGGAUUUAAACCUCCAAAGACUCUACAUUUACCAACUGAGAUAGUUGAACAGAAAACAGGGUAUAACUAUGGCGUCCCUAAAUCUAAAUCCAAAUCGAAACCAACAAAUGCAGCCUCACUGGAUGGAAUGGAUAGAAUCAAAGUGUGUGUCCGUACACGUCCCAUGAUGCAAUGGGAGAGAGAGACAGGAACUAAAGAUAUAGUGGAGAUACAUGGUCGUGAUGGAGUGGUUAUUAUGGAGCCAAAGGUUGCCUUGGAUACAUCACAUUACACUCAACAGCACACAUUCAGGUUUGAUGAGGCCUUUCAUGAAGAACUCUCCAAUGAAGAUGUCUACAGAAAAACUAUUGAACCACUUGUGGAGUUUGUCAUGAAGGGAGGGAAGGCAACAUGUUUUGCAUAUGGUCAGACAGGGGCUGGUAAAUCAUACACUAUGAUGGGCACUGACAACGCUCCAGGUUUAUACAUGUUAGGGGCCAGAGACAUUGUAAACAUGUUACAACCUGGCCACAAAAUCUGGAUAAGCUACUUUGAAAUAUAUUGUGGUCAGCUGUUUGAUUUGCUGAAUAAAAGGAAAAGGUUACAUGUUAGAGAAAAUCAGUUUGGGAAAGUGUGUGUGACUGGACGUAUGGAGACAGAAGUAAAAGACCUAAGAGGAGUGAUGAAGGUUGUGGAAAAUGGUAACAGACUGCGAAGCACUGGAGUUACGGGGGUUAAUGCGGACUCUUCCAGAUCUCAUGCAGUUAUUCAGAUGGAUGUCAGAGACAACCAAGAGGAACAACUGGGAAGAAUCUCAUUUAUAGACCUAGCGGGCAGCGAAAGGGCGGCUGAUGUGAUGGACACAGAUAAACAGACACGUCACGAAGGAGCUGAAAUAAACACAAGCCUUUUAGCUUUGAAAGAAUGUAUCAGAUCAAUAGAUCAAGAGAAAUCCCACACUCCGUUCAGACAGAGUAAACUGACACAUGUAUUGAAGGAGUCCUUCACUGGUGACUCAAAGACAUGUAUGAUUGCAAACAUUUCUCCAACCAAUCUAAGCAGUGAACAUACCUUGAAUACGCUUAGAUAUGCAGACAGGGUGAAAGAACUGCAGACUGAUAUAAAAGAGAGUAUAAAGAACUCCAUGUUGAACAACAAUAGUAGAAACUCAAGUCAACAAAAUCAAUCCAUACUACAAUCCCCUAUCCCAAAUGCACACACAUCCCGUAGUCAAGCUAUGACAAAAGAACACCAAAAAGCUGGUCAGCCUGUCACAAAUGCACACCAAACACCUGCUGGGGAUAAUACGGCUACAAUGGACAAAGUUGAUAAGACGCAAUCAACACCAGCUGGCAGACUGUUCCACCCAAGUACUAUACAAUGUAGCUCAACACCAAAGUCAACACCAGUUAAAAGCAGGGUUAACGUGAGAGAUUCCAUGCCCAAGAAAGAUCUCAAUGAUACAUUGCCUGAUGAGUGGGACACUCCUAUCAAAGGACAUAAAUUAAGAAAGAAAUCUGGUAAAGGAAACAACUCAAAAAGCCACAGCCCAAAAAGGAAUUUAUACAAUGAGUUUGAAUAUAUUCCGAGUCCUUCUGAACUUAAUGUAAGUCCUUCAAAAUAUUUUCCAAAUUCAGCAAAAAGGGUGUCAUCAAAUUCAAAUUCCGGAAGUAAGCUAGAAAAUGAUCAUGAUGAGAAGAUGUAUAAAUAUGAACACUUUGCUAAGAAGGAUUCUUCAAACCAAACAGAUUUUGCCACUGAUGAUGAUACGGAUCUUGACCACUCAGCUGUUCAGACAGACAGUGGUGAACAUGCCAAACCAAUGCACCCAAGAGAGGACAGUGAGCUAUCUGAGAUGGUAAAUAAUAUGUCCAAACAUGAAUCAACAAUACAAGAGAACCAAAGUGUUGAUGAUGUCCACAGAGAUAGAAAGGCAAAACAUGAAAAAUCACCCUCCAAUGUACAAAUUUACAAACACCAUGAGAAAGAAAAGAAACCCCUAACAACAUCACCAGAAGAUGAAAGAGAAAUAAGAACUGUCUACACCAACUCCACAAUGAUGUCCGAUGAAAAAUUAGAGUUAAACAAAAAUCAGCAACAACUACCAACACCAGAGGCAUUUCUCAAAUCGUUAUCAAGAUUAAGACUUGGGAAUUCCAGUCAGGAAAAAAAUAUUGUCAAAUUACAAAACCCGAAAGAAACAAGUGAUUUGAAUAAUCAAUCUUUGGAUGAUAUUGAUCGAAAUAAAAUAGGAAUUCCCGCGGAUGAUUCUAAGGAAUUUAGAUCUCUUUUACAUUCUCCAUCAAAUGAUAGGAAUCUCUCCAAAAGUUUAACAUUCCCAAAGGCACAACGCCCUAAUCAUGUCACUCCAAAAGGUCCCUACUCUGUUCAACCAACUGACAAUGAAGAACUUCCCAACAGACAACUUGUUAAUAUGAAAGAACAUCAUCUCGUGUCAAGCUCUCCAAUCAAGAAGGAACAUUUAAAUAUAAGUGGAUUUGGUUCUGCGUUUUCACCUAUUGCACAAAAUGGAAUCAAACCUGGACCAGUCACAAAAAGUUUUGUGUCAAAUAAUACAAACUUGUAUAUUAUGCCAUCUGCAAAGAAACAAGGAUCUCUCCAAGCUGAAAAUAGCUAUAUCCCUGUUACCCCAAAGAAUGACAUGGAGUCCUCUGCUAAAGACACAGCAUUCCAAAUAGGACAUUUACCAGAGGCCAAAUUGAGUUUCCAGUCAGAUGAAUUCGACCUGAUGAGCCCAAGGACAAAAGCAUCAGCCAUAGAGAAAGCAAGGAACCUUGUUGUUGAUGCCCAUGAAGAGCAGCUAUGUGAGAUCACCAGUUUAUGCAAAGAUGAGAUGAAAUUGCUGUUAGCUGUUAAACGGGGAAACAUGACAUUUGAUGUUUAUAUGCAGAAGUUGAAAGAACUAUUGGCCCACAAGGAGCGCCAUCUGGAGACAUUGAGGGAACAAAUUAAUGAAUUUACAAACUUUCCAAUCCACAGUGAUGUAAAUACAUCUGCAUGAUGUAAAUACAACCCGUUGACGGAAGAAAAAUUUGAAAUUGAGAAGUUUUAGUAUCCGUUAUGCGUCCAGAGCAGCCAU